AUGCGGGUGAAUGUCUUACCCAUAAAGGAGCGGGUUCACAUGGCGAAAAGAACGAAGAAAAAAACAUCGAAGAAGGUUUCCAAGAACGCUGGCGCUCGGUCGAGCGGCAAGCUUGGUGCGGUUUCCUUCGAGGAACUGCAGGCGGAGAUGAAUCGACGCGCAAAGGUUGUUGGUCGUCUUGAGCGCAAGCGCGAGCGUCUGCAUUCGGAGCUUGCGGAGGUUGAAUCCGAGCUCGCGAGCUAUGGCGCGCUGAGCGCGAGCGGUGGGAUCCGUCGUCGUCCGCGCAACGAGAUGAAUCUUGUUGACACGCUGCAGAGCGUGCUCAAGAACAAGACGAUGUCGGUGACUGAUGCGGCUCAAGCGGCGCGCGAUGCGGGGUACAUGACGACUGCGGCAAACUUCCGGACGAUCGUGAAUCAGGCGCUGAUUCGCGAGACGAAGGUGCAGCGCGACUUCGUCUCCGGGGUUUGGCGCGAUGGUGGUGGGGGCGAAGGGGUUCAUUUGGGCGACUUUGAUGUUGGGGGCGCCUUUGAGUUCGACAAUGUGUUGUGCGGUUUCGCCGAGGUAGGUGGAGUGGAGGACGCGGCCUGGCAGGGUGUUUGGGGUUCCCGGUUUUUCGAGGGUGAUGGCUUCGGGGCGGAUGGAGACGAGGGUGUCUCCGGCGUGGUCAUUGUCGAGGUUGGUUUCUCCGAGGAACUCGGCGACGAACUUGGAUUUGGGUUUGCGGUAGAGCUCGACGGGUGUGCCGAGCUGGAUGACCUUGCCUUUCUUGAGGAGCGCGACUUUGUCGGCCAUGGAGAGGGCUUCUUUUUGGUCGUGGGUCACAUAGACGGUGGUGAUUCCCGAAUCCUUGCAGAUGUUGCGGAUCUGGAGGCGGAGGUCGUUGCGGAGUUUGGCGUCGAGGUUGGUGAUGGCUUCGCGUUUGUCCAUGUCGGUGAGUUCGACUUUGUUGGGGGCGUGGAUCUCGAUAAAGUAUUUGGCGUGCUGGGAGUCGGCGUCCUUGCGGAGUUUGCCUGGGUUGGUGGUGGAUUUGUAGGAGGUGCGGGUGUGGAGGGGGCGGACGGUGUAGCGGUCGGGGUUCCAGGGUUUGCGGUCGUUUCUAUUAAGAUAGGUCUCGGAUUCGAUGCCGCGGCGGAGAGUGGCGGCGAGGGAUUGGGCGGCGGCGCGGUUUUCUUCGUCGUUGUUGGGGACGGCGAUGAAGGCUUGGGGGCGAAUGGAGGCUUGGGGUCUUGCGACGGCUUCCAUGAGUUCUGGGCCGUCAGGGAUGAGUUGCUUUUCUUCGAGGGUGUUGUGGAGGGUGACAUCUCCCAUUCCGAAUCCGACGGCGGGGGUUGGUGGGCCUCCCAUGAGCUGGAUGAGGUUGUCGUAGCGUCCGCCUCCUACGAGGGCGCGGUGGCCGUCGGCGAUGGCUUCGAAGACUGGGUCUCCUUCGAGUGGGCGGGUGAGGAAGGUGAUGAAGGGGCCUGGAAGCGAUUCUUCUUUGGCGAGUUCGGCGAGUUUGUCGAGGGGGAGUUUGUCGCGUUUGUCGAGGAGGUUGAAGGCGGUGUCUGUCUGUGUGUCGGUCAAUCCCAGUGUUUGGAAGUGGGAGGACAUGACUGCGCGGUCGUUGAGUUGUAUGCUGAGGUUGGAUUGGUCGAGUCCAAGUGCGGCGAAGACGCUGAUACAAACUUCGAUUGUUUCGGCGUCCAUCUGGGCGCGGGUGGUUGGGUUGUCGUCGUCGGAAGGAAGUCCGAUGAUGUCGCAGUUGAGUUGGAGGAACUCUCUGAGGCGUCCUUUUUGUGGGCGUUCAGCGCGGAAGUAUGGGCCGAUGGUGAACCAUUUGCAGGGUUUGGGGAGUUGUUUGGCGCGGGCGGCGUACAUUCUGGCGAGGGUGGGGGUGAACUCUGGGCGGAGAGCGAAGUCGGCUUUACCUUGUGCGACGAGUUUGUCGAGGGCGUCGCGCCAUGCGUUUUGGAUGUAGCGGCGGACGAGGACAUCUUGGGGGUAGAGGUCUCGGGUUGGUCAAAGGAGUGUUGUAUGGGGAUUACGGUCAAGCAUGUGGUGGUGGCGGCGUUGAUCUUUGCGCUCGUUGGGUUUGUGUAUGUGAUCGGGUUUUCGGAGAUUGAUCGUGUUCGGUCUCCACGGGCGCGGGCGAUGGAUGCUCGUCCGAGUGUUUCUCGGCUGGUUGCGAAUGUUCGCCAAGGUAUGGCGAGUGGGCAGGGUCGGAUUGCUCGCACAGCGGGGGAUGAGCUGAUUGUGCACUUUCCGAAUGAUCCGAAUGCGUGGUUGUAUCGGGGGUACGCGUAUCGGUUCCGGAGCUGGGAUAUGGAUCGGACGAUUGAGCGGAGCAGCUGGGAGCAGUUGCUUCGGAUCGUUGAGGGGUGGGACUUUGAGGCGAUGGGGACGGCUUCGUUGAGCAGCGCGUACUACAUGCGUGGGUGGGCGCUGCGCGGGUUGGGGCAGGUCGAGGAGUCGCGGGCGGACUUUCGGGAGGUGGCGCUGAUCGCGGAGGCGGCGACUGGGCGCGCUGUUGGGGUUGGGAGUGGGGAACCGGCGGAAGAGCCUUUGGUUUCUGGUCUGGCUACGGGUGGGGCGUACAACCUGGCGUGUUACUGGGCGGUGGCGGGUGAGACGGAGCGGGCGCUUGGGUACUGGAAGUUGUGCAUUGACUCGGGGUAUGACCUGAGCACAGGGGGUGGAUGGUGGCGGGUUGAUCCUGACUUUGAGGACUUGUGGGGCGAGGUUGAGUUUUGGAAGAUCGCGGGGGACUGGGAUCGGGCGGGGAGUUUGCCUGUUGAGCGUGUGGAGGAUCCGUCGGAUUUGGAACUGAUUGAGGAAGGUGUUGAGCCUUAG